GAGAUGUAGAACAUUGCGACUUAUUGCUUUUCAAUGGUACUAAUGACACAUUUCUUGAUUUAUAUUUUGAAAUAAUUCCGAAAAAACCAUUAUUGGAUUCAGAAGUGUUGUUAGAAAUAUCAGAUUCAGGAGUAUCGUUGAGAUUUUCCGUUUCAGUAGAGGACAUAUUAGAUACAGAGUAUUCUGCUUCGCAGACUGAAUAUUAUUUGAUAUCCUUGAUAUCAUCAUCUGAUUUAGAUGUAGUAGUCACAUUACUACGAGAUAUAAUAUGGGUUUUUUCUUAA